AUGCUAGCAGCGCUAGCAGCCGCAGCGGCCCCCACAGAAGAUGAAGACAUCCUGCGACAGACCCUGAGCGUACGCUCCAUCAUAUCCACCUCUUCAAGCUGGGCAGAGCCUAUCGACCCAGCAGUACGCCGUCAAGACAAUGCACUUGUUGUGAUCGGGCGAGGAACAUGCGGCACAGUCUUUGAGAUCCCCGAAACAGAUUCCGCAUACAAAAAGGGGAGCCAGAAACGAUCGCUAUGGACUGACGCAAAUCUGACCAACACCGCCUGCCGUGCAGUGAAAGAGAACAAGACUCGUCUCCAGGAGAUAUUCCCAACUGCCACAAUCCCCCGUGUGCCCCUAGUGACCGGAUGGCUCAGUGAGAACGAGUUGGAGAACUGGUGGCGACAGAACUUGCCACGAUUUCCCGCCGAUACUCAGCCCGGAUAUCUUUUCCAAGUCCAGCGGAUCUGGCCUCUUCCUAGGCCCGCCCGUGAAGCUCUCAUUCGCCUCUAUUUUCCGAGGAAGAUGCGUCGUUUGGCGUACAAUCACCCGGCGAACAAGGCAUGUCUUGUGCGACCGUAUCUUGGACUGCGGAGGGAACAGCGGCUUCUGCCUAGUAUGCCAUUCAGUCUUCAGAACUUUCCUCUCUAUCUCGAUCAGGUAGAGGAACUGCGGUUAGACGCUGUCCAACUUUCGGAAGAAAUGGCUAUUGGACUGGCCAUCAUCCACUGGGAGGCUUGCUUGGAUGGCAUGGACAUGGAAUUUGUACUCGGUAGGGCGACGACAGAUGGAGAACUUCCGACCGUCGUUGAGAACUUUGGGGCAGUGGAGCCUUUUAGUGUGCCUGCUGGUGAUACCAAAGGACGGCAGGUACAUCUUUGGAUGCUCGACUUUGACAAGGCUUAUCAGCUUCCCCUAAAAGAGAGCUGGAAGGACAGCUGGAGGGAGAGCUGGAGGGAGAGCUGGAAGCGCAGCUGCGAUAUGAUGGUCACUGCCGUGACGGCAAAUGACCCCUAUUUCCCGAACCCAGCAGCCACAGGAAGCCUCGAACACAAGUUAUGGGAUACGUUUAAACGAGCCUAUCUUCUUGCUUCGUCUACGAUUAUACACACACAGAAGGGGUUGCCGGAAAAUGCAGAUGAAUACCCGGCUCUAUUUUUGGAAGCAUGGAGGAAUAGAGCUACAGAACUGGCAAAAGACACAGAGGGUGUUUAUGUCAAGUUCGGGUAA